AUGUUAUUGUUUUAUUUAUUCGCUGUACUUGCCAGCACAGCAUCCUCAUCUAAGAUAUCCUGUGAACUUGGGCAAGAAAUCAAUACGAGUCUGCUCCCAACGGCCAAUUUGUUGACUGGUAACUGGUCUUACUCCUACCAUUGGGACAAAAAUGAUAAAUACCAGUUUGAAUUCUUAAACGAAGCCGUCGACCAUCUGUUGGAUUGCCCUCAAGUUGAAAUUAUCCCAGUGCCCCAAAGUCUCGUGGAGAACAAGAAAGAGAAGUGCCGUAAUUAUCCGAUCCCGUUUAGAUGGGAAGACGCUUUGUUGAAGAUGGACGCUCCUAUGAUAAGCCUGAAGGAUGCUAUCAUUGUGAUAGGAAAAACGGAACACUGGUUGUUUGUGGACUGCCAGGAUAUGCUGCAUGUGGCUGCGUUACAAGUGUCUGAUGAUGUUAUAGUGAUGAUCAAUCCAGAUGAGGCUGUAUAUAUGGAAAUGUUGUCAAGGAAACCCCUCCUGUUAAGUGAACUGAAGUGUAUUGCACAUAAUAUAGGCAUCGGAAAGGGUAUGACUGGAAUUUCGUUAUGUUAUUGA